AGCCUUACAGCGAGGAGGGGGCGGAGUUCUGGGCAGACGCAGGAUAACAGGCGCAGCAGGAGACGAGUGAAAACACUGAGGGAAACGCUGCUGAAUCCAAACAUCUGCCUUCAGACUCUGACAAGAUGGAGCUCUAUCUUGACCUGUACUCUCCACCCUGCCGCUCGGUUUUCCUGUUUGCUAAAGUGGUCGGGAUUCCCUUUGAGUUUAAGAUGGUCGACCUUGCUGCAGGUCAGCAGUACAGCGAGGAGUUCGGCAAAAUCAGCGUGAUGAGGAAGGUUCCUGUCAUGAAGGACGGCAGCUUCGUCCUGACAGAAAGCAUUGCGAUCCUGAAGUACAUGGUGCAGAAGUAUUCACGGUCAGUGGCAGACCACUGGUACCCAGCCGACCUGCAGCAGCGAGCUCUCGUUAAUGAAUACCUGUCCUGGCAGCACAUGAACCUCCUAAGUCACGGGGCAAAGGUCUUCCUGCUCAGGACUAUGUUUCCUGUCAUCAUGGGCUUUGAGGUCCCAAAGGAGAAGAUGGACGCUGCUGUCGAGGAUCUGAAUCAGUCGCUGAACCUGCUGGAGGAGAAAUUCCUGCAGAACAAACUGUUCAUCGUCGGUGACAAAAUCUCUCUGGCUGAUCUGGUGGCUCUUAUUACCAUCAUGCAGCCUGUUGGAACCGGCCUGGAUGUGUUUCAAGGCCGGCCAAAGCUGAUCGCCUGGAGAGAGCGAGUGAAGAAGGAGUGCGGUGAGAAGCUGUUUGACGAAGCUCACGUGGCGAUCAUGGGGGUGAGCAGCCUGCCGCAGAAGAUGCAGAACAACCCCAUGCUGGAGAUGAUGAGACCAAAAUUUCAGAAGCUUUUCAGCUGACUCAGCAGAUCAUACGACCGUCAGUGAUGAUUUGUUCAGUGAUUUUCACCAGCAGAAUUCCUGUUCAGGUUUGUUAUGAAGCACUGAGAAAUCAUUUAACCAGCUUCCAGGUGUUAAGUUCUGUCGAAACUGCAGCUUUGUUCUCACGUCGUGAAACAAAUCUUUAACAUGGUCAUCAGGUUUCAUGCAAUAAAAUCUAGAAAUUUACAAAACAGAAACUGGAACUGAGGUUUGCUUCAAACUUUUCAGCUGAAUAUUUUCACCAGGAAACGUGAAGACAACGACUCAUUGUCUGUGAAGUGUUCUGAAUAAAUGCUCAUUUAUGAUCCUGUACCACAAACAUUAAAAUGAUGCAUCAACAGUGAUAAAUGUGAAGUGUGUAAAGAA